AUGCCUCAACUGCGUAGAGGCCGCAGGACCGCUCGACUACCCGACCCGAUUAAGAAAACCCCUGUUAGUAGAAGGAACUCCAGGCGAACUGCAGGGAGACGAACCUCUGGGAAGAACAAUAAUAAGAAUAUCAAGGAUAAGGAAUUUGUGGUGCUGGAUUAUGAUAGUGGUGAUAAUGGGGAUAGAAAUAUUGAUGCUGCUGCUACGUCUUUGAGAAAUACGACGUCAUUGAGGGGUGAGGGUAAUAAGAAAGCCGAGGAAGUGAAGAAAGAUUUGGGUGAGAAGAAGAUGGAUGAGUGCAACGGCAAUGGUGACAAGGGCAGCACUGCUCCCAUUCCCGAAAGGGUCCAGGUUGGUGGUUCUCCAGCUUAUCGUAUUGAGAGGAAACUGGGUAAAGGAGGAUUUGGGCAAGUGUAUGUUGGUCGCCGAAUAAAUCCCCCAAAUCCGAUUGAAAGAACAGGUCCAGGAGCUUUAGAGGCAGCCUUGAAAUUUGAGCAUCAGAGCAGCAAAGGCUGUAAUUAUGGACCCCCUAAUGAGUGGCAAGUCUACAAUGCACUAGGUGGCAGUCAUGGCAUUCCACGUGUACAUUACAAAGGACAGCAAAGUGACUAUUACAUUAUGGUUAUGGAUAUACUUGGUCCUAGUUUAUGGGAUGUCUGGAACAAUACUUCCCACACGAUGUCCAUCGAAAUGGUAGCAUGUAUUGCCAUUGAAGCAAUUUCCAUCCUAGAGAAGUUGCACUCCAGAGGAUACGUGCAUGGGGAUGUGAAGCCUGAGAACUUUUUGCUUGGUCCACCAGGAACACCUGAAGAGAAAAAACUUUUUCUUGUUGAUCUUGGAUUGGCCACUCGUUGGAGAGAUAGUUCAACUGGCCUGCAUGUUGAUUAUGAUCAACGGCCGGACAUAUUUAGGGGAACAGUACGUUAUGCCAGUGUGCAUGCUCAUCUUGGAAGGACUGGGAGCCGUAGGGAUGAUUUGGAAUCUCUCGCUUAUACAAUGAUUUUUCUUCUCCGUGGUCGACUCCCUUGGCAGGGGUUUCAGGGUGACAAUAAAGGCUUCCUUGUCUGUAAAAAGAAGAUGGCAACUUCUCCAGAAUCCCUAUGUUGCUUCUGCCCAGCACCUUUCAGACAGUUUGUUGAUUAUAUUGUGAACUUAAAGUUUGACGAGGAGCCUAAUUAUGCAAAAUGCAUCUCCCUCUUUGAUGGAAUAAUUGGUCCAAAUCCCAGCAUCAGGCCAAUAAACACUGAGGGUGCUCAGAAGCUUAUAUAUCAAGUUGGACAAAAGAGAGGAAGACUGAUGAUAGACGAGGAUGAUGAUGAGCAACCAAAGAAAAAAGUCCGCAUCGGAAUGCCUGCAACGCAGUGGAUUAGUGUGUAUAAUGCUCGCCGCCCUAUGAAGCAAAGAUAUCACUAUAAUGUGGCAGAUUUAAGGCUUGCUCAGCAUAAUGAGAGAGGAAACGAAGAUGGACUAUUUAUCAGCAGCGUGGCAUCUUCUUCGAACUUAUGGGCCCUAAUUAUGGAUGCAGGGACAGGCUUUACUGCACAAGUUUAUGAACUGUCACCGCAAUUUCUUCACAAGGAAUGGAUUAUGGAACAGUGGGAGAAAAAUUAUUACAUCAGCGCAAUAGCGGGGGCAAAUAAUGGGAGAUCAUUUGUAGUUAUGUCGAAAGGUACUUCGUAUCUGCAGCAGUCCUAUAAAGUCAGCGAUUCGUUUCCAUUUAAGUGGAUAAACAAGAAAUGGAGAGAGGGGUUCUUUGUCACUGCCAUGGCAACUGCAGGAAAUAGGUGGGCAGUUGUUAUGUCCCGUGGGGCUGGUUUUUCGGAUCAGGUUGUCGAGUUGGACUUUCUUUAUCCCAGUGAAGGUGUUCAUAAAAGGUGGGAUGCUGGUUAUCGUAUCACAUCAACUGCAGCAACAUGGGAUCAGACUGCUCUUGUUCUUAGUGUUCCAAGAAGAAAACCUGCAGACGAAACACAAGAGACACUUCGGACUUCUGCUUUUCCAAGCACGCACAUUAAGGAAAAGUGGGCAAAAAAUCUCUACAUAGCAUCGGUGAGUUAUGGGCGAACUGUUUCUUGA